GAAAAAAUAGAUUGGGAUUUUGCUGCGAGUAGAAACAAGAGUGAAGAAGAUUUUCCUAAGACAUCUAAUUGGUGCUCUAGAAGCUACAAGGAUCAUCAUCAUUACAAAAAAAAGAAAAAGGGACCGAAUGCAUUUGGUUGUUUUGUUGUUUCUUUGGCCUGCACAUUUCAGAAAUUUCGGGGCAGUAUCAACACCUAGCUUGUUAAGGUCAUCGAGGGUUCAUUUGCAUUUCGCUGUCAAGAGCUCCAGUAGUAAAAUUCAAAUGGAAAAUGGUACGACUGAUAAUCCCAGAGGUGCAUUGGUUGUUUUAGAAGGUUUGGACCGAAGUGGGAAAACAUCACAAGCUAGUGGAUUGCUCUCAUACUUGGAAGGACAAGGGUUGUCAGCUGAGUUAUGGCAGUUUCCAGACAGAAAUACAUGUGUUGGGAAGAUGAUAUCUUCGUAUCUUUCCAACAAGUCAGAAUUAGAUGAUCGGACGAUCCAUCUUCUUUUCAGUGCAAAUCGUUGGGAGAAGAGAACAUUGAUGGAGAGUAAGUUGAGGAGUGGGACAACCCUGAUUGUAGACCGCUAUUCUUACUCUGGAGUGGCUUUUUCAUCUGCCAAGGGUCUUGAUACUGAAUGGUGCAAGGGUCCAGAGAUAGGUUUGCUGGCUCCAGAUCUAGUAGCAUACCUUGACAUACCACCACAGAAAGCUGCAGAAAGAGGAGGUUAUGGAGGUGAGAGAUACGAGCAGCUUGAGUUCCAGAAGAAAGUUGCUCAACACUAUGAGAUGCUUCAUGAUCCCAAAUGGAAGACCGUUGAUGCCUGCCUUCCCAUGGAAGAGGUAGCAAAACAGUUGAGGGAGAUUGUAAUGGAUUGCGUAGUUAAUUGCCGGAAAGGGAAACCACUAACUGAGCUAUGGCAAAGGAAGGUGUAGGUGGUGGUGCAGGAUUUCUCUCUGUAUUUGAUACUUUUGACCAAGGAAGAGGAUUUCUGCUGCUACUUGGACCUGCGGUGAGCAAGAUAUUGUGCCGUUUCCAUAAUUCUUUGGAAUUUAGUUGGAAAAGGCCCCAAAUUUCUUAGCUCAUUCUCUCAAUUAGAUCAGAAUUUUUUUCUGGCUUGCUGUUAUUCUAAGAAAUCUGAUUAUGGUUUCACAAUACCAGUAUUUAGAAACUUCUAAAUUUGAGAAUAUAUGGAAACCUUUUUCCA